AUGUUUUGGAGUAAGUCAAGUAGGAACUCACUCUCCGGUCUUGGGUUACUGAUUUUACAUGCACUGUCUCUGAGUAGCGGCGGAUCAUAUCGUUCUAGUGGUUGAUUUCAUAUCUUUUUAAAAGCUUACUUUGUGAAAUAGGGCCAGUCAUAAGUGAGAACUGGAAAGUCACAUCAACUGUGAGGAAGGACUCAUUGUCUUUCAGAUGCUUUCUGGAGACGUGCUACUGCCAGUGAGACAGGAGACUGGAAUGACCACCUCUAUUUGUAGCCUCAAGGUCAGAGAUCCAUAGCAUGAUGAGACCACCUGCAUUCUGUCUGUCAAUCAAAAUAAAUGGUUGAGCAUCAUCCUUACUUGACCGUUACGUCCAUAAAAUAGUGUCGGUCACUACACACUAUCAUCUCAUGGGCUAUUGAAGGACGAUACAGUACCUUCUCUAGGUUCUUUUCAUGUUAUGCCGGUAAAUUAAUCGCCUCGUAUUCAAAACAUUUAAUCUCGAAAAGUGGACUGGAUUUAUCUCUGUGGUUUUUGGCGCUUACAGGAAAUAGCGGUUUUACUACUCGUCUAUUAUUUGUAUUCAUAGAUGUAAUAUCCAUAUGCUGUUUCUUUCUCAGUCCCUUUUGCAUCACACUUACCUCAUACCGAAACCCAAAAAGUUGAGUUUGAUAAAACACCGCUCGCUACUGCUUUUAGGCGUUCGCCACGUAUAUAGACCGUGCUGCCGUUAUGUGCUAUACGACGUUCCUGCCCGUCUAGCUUUGUCUGUGCAUGUAUUUGUGACUUACGUAUAACGGUAUUCCAAGUAGACUUUCUGACCGAAACCCUACAGAAUAGAAAUUGCUGCCUUCCUUUACAGAGGGGAUUUACUCAUUUGAAAACGAAAGGGUUGUAAGGGACGAGGAUGGGAAACUUAAAUGUCCAUUUUGUGAAAUUCAUUUACCGUCGUUAACGUGUGAGCUCUAUGCACGAUGGCCUGCCACUCCUAGUUCUAAAUCUGAUGUCUGGAUCCUUGGCCCCUGAGCCGCGUGCCUACGGUCUAUCGAUUUCGCCUGAGAUGCUUCAUAUUCUUCCUGAAGUAAGGUUGAUUAAUGUGGAAACGAGAAGCAUUGCCGAUUAAGAGAAGGGAAACAGCAAUGGCGUUUUCCUUUUUAUUUUAUUGUCAGCCAACCCCUAGUUAGAAAUAUCGCUCAAGCAAGUUCUAGGCCUCAACCACACAGCCAGUUAAACAGCUGCAUUCCACCUUGCAGCCUGACGUAACUGCGAGGAGAACUGUGAGCUGAGAGUGAGAAGAUUUGACCACUUCAUCAAGUCAGACCUGUGAGAGCCACUUUGUGCGCAACUGCAGUUGGGCUGUGUUCAUCGAUUCCUCCGACUCUUGAGAUGCAAGCAGGUUUAAAUUCGUUAGAGUUCAGCCUGAACGGAAUUUGCUCUUCACGAUACUACUUCCGCGUUUCUCUGCGGAUGAUUGUUUAAAAGCUCAUGUACCUAGACGACAUGGCGACAAAAGUAGCGGGCUACUAGAUAUCAGUCUGACUCCUGCAGGAAGAUAGUCGGGCAUCCCCGAAACUAAAGUCUUGAAUCGCUUAACCACUUUAUAGACUAAUCAAUAAUCAACAACACGAGAGUCAAAGUCAGCAGAUGUACUUUAAUGUGAUAUCACUGUCAAAAUGAACUUAGAGGUGGAUAGAUCACUGCUAGGGUUGAACCAAGGUAUCAUUCUUAACAUGCGGCCUCUUGUCAUCCCUGCCCAAGGUAAACAGCCUGCCGUCGAAAAAAAGAUUGCGAAAGUUAACAAUUAGGGUGUCCUUUUAUUCCAGAAAUCUAGGAUUGUUUGAACUUGGCCAGUAUUUCCGAGUCUCCAAAACUACUUUUGGUAAUACAAGCCCAAAGAAGUGUUGCUAAUUUUAAAAACACCACUUAAUGGAGCUGUAGGUUCACCCGGUGAACAUCGUUAUGAGUCCUACAUUUAUUUCAGCGUUCAAACGGAUAUUGUGUUUCAGUAUUCCCCGUUGAUUUUCACAGUAAGUGUCCAGCAGGCUUGGUUACAUGGCAGUCCUCUUAGACUUUUAAAAAGUUGCAACAGGCUGGCUGAGCUGCUGUCUCAUCACCUUGCCUUUGCUAGCUGAAGGGGAAGAUUUUCAUGUAGGCCUCAUGCUGCUUUGUCACUAGCCUUGUCCAAAAGGACUGACAUUCCUGCAUUCUCGUCAACGCAUUCCUCGUGCUCAUCCCCCGUUUAAACUGGUUUACUCAUCUUUUCUUAAUAACGCGCACUGGCUCGUGCUCUCGCACAACUCAUGACACCGAUGCUUUCACCCCCCUUAGGAAUGCCAUGGCAACCUUCCCAGCUCUUCUCGCCUGCCUUUUGUUUCGACCUUGACAACUGCGACAGAAGAGCAGACGUGGCGGGUUCAAAUGAGCGUUUUGGCCGUACGCUCUGCUCCAAUACACUCCAAAACUUAACUGAUAAACGAAGGUCGCCAAAGGAGUAUUCAUCUUAUACAACAUUCUCUGUCACCUUUAUUUCCAUUCUCAUCUACAAAAAAACCUCGCUUCCUUUUCGCUUUCUCUCUCUGUCUCUGCCACUUAUCGUUUAUUUUCGCAACCUAGUUGUCCUAUUUGCCAUGGUCAUUCUUGCAUAG